AUGGACGUCUUUUAUAAAGGUUUGUGUUUGCUCAUCGUACUUAUUAUUUUCGGUCGCGGCGUACAUUCUGAGACAUACUGGACUCCGGCCGGCCAGUCUGAGUGGCUGAGCAAUUUGCAGGAGAACAGUCUCUCUUGGUCCUACGGCAUUGCAGCUUGUGCUCUCCUCUGUCUCCUCUGUGCUCUCACUAUUCUCUCCUGGUGUGUUUACCCACGCAGGAUCGUUGCCUGA